AUGGCACCAAUAGUAGUACCGACGCAAGAGGAGCUUGACCGGCGGAAGGUCGUCAACAUCAACGCAGAAACAGUCACAAACGUCACCUCGACCGACUUCCCCGGCCACUACCCCGGCGAGGACAACUCGUGGGACCUCGAGGCCUUUCGCCAGCAGUUCAAGGUCGUGUUCCACGAGAACGGCCAGCACGAUGCCUCCUUCAGCCUCGUCGGGCUCGACGCCUCCAUCGCCAACGCCUUCCGGCGCAUCAUGAUCGCCGAGAUCCCCACACUCGCCAUCGAGGACAUCUGGGUGAACAACAACACGAGCGUCAUCCAGGACGAGGUACUCUGCCACAGGCUGGGCCUCGUCCCGUUCAAGGGCGGCAAGUACGGACUGCACGACUUCAUGAAGUGGUACAAGAAGCCAGGCGCGGACCAAGACCCCUUCGAGAACAGCAUGGACUACAACACGGUCAAGAUCGAGCUCGACGUCCAAUGCACGCGCAGGGCCGACGCCGAGCCGGGGGAGAAGGACCCGCGCAAGCUCUUCGACCACGCCAAUGUGUACGCGUCGGACCUCAAGUUCCUGCCCGUCGGCCAGCAGGCCGAGGUCUUCGCCGGCGACCAGGCCAUCGCGCCGGUGCACCCGGACAUCCUGGUCGCGAAGCUGCGGCCGGGCCAGCAGAUCCAGCUCAUGGCGCACAUGCACAAGGGCAUCGGCGCCGACCACGCCAAGUUCUCGCCCGUCGCCACCGCCUCGUACCGCCUGCUGCCGCUCAUCACCAUCACGAGGCCCAUCGUCGGCGCCGACGCGGACAAGUUCCAGCGGUGCUUCCCCGAGGGCGUCAUCGGCCUGCAGAAGGUCACCAAGCAGGACGCCAAGGCGAACGCGGACCUCAAGGGCCACGAGGGCGAGAUGCAGGCGGUGGUCAAGGACUCGAUGAAGGACACCGUCAGCAGGGAGUGCCUGCGCCACCCCGAGUUCGCGGACAAGGUCAAGCUGGGCCGCCAGAGGGAUCACUUCAUCUUCCAGGUCGAGUCGUCGGGCCAGUGGGACUCGGACGAGCUGUUCUUGGAGGCGGUUAAGCACCUCAAGGCCAAGUGCCAGCGGUUCGAGAAGCAAGUGACCUACAUGGCGAGGUAG